AUGGCAUCAAGAUCACCCACAAACUUUUUGGGCCUGGCUUCUGGAGACUUACUGGAUGUCCCUCGUAUGCCUAGGUCCUUGCCACGGGUAAUGACUGUUCCUGGAAUUAUUUCUGAAUUGGAUGAUUAUGGGAGUAAUGACGGGGAUUCGGAGUCUUCAUCUGUAUGCCGUGAGCGGAAAAUCAUAGUUAUGAAUAUGUUGCCCUUGCAAGCUAAAAAAGAUGGUCAAUCUGGCAAAUGGUGCUUCAGUUUAGACGAGGAUUCAAUUUUAUUGCAGCUAAAGGAUGGGUUUUCACCUGAGAUGGAGGUUAUAUACAUAGGUUCCCUCAAGGUUGAAAUCGACGCCAACGAACAGGAAGAGGUUGGUCAGAAGUUGUUCGACAAUUUUAACUGUGUGCCUACAUUUCUUCCUUACGAUCUACAGAAGAAAUUUUAUCUUGGAUUCUGUAAACAGCAGCUAUGGCCCUUAUUCCAUUACAUGCUACCCAUGUGCCCAGAGCACGGUGAUCGCUUUGAUCGGCAGCUUUGGCAAGCCUAUGUUUCUGCGAAUAAACUAUUUGCUGACAAGGUGAUGGAAAUCAUCAAUUCUGAGGAAGAUUCUGUUUGGGUUCAUGAUUAUCAUUUGAUGCUUCUUCCAACGUUCCUGAGGAAGCGUUACAAUCGAGUUAAACUCGGAUUUUUUCUGCAUAGCCCGUUUCCGUCUUCAGAAAUCUAUCGAACUUUACCAGUUCGGGAUGAGAUUCUCCGUGGCCUAUUAAACUGUGAUUUAGUUGGUUUUCAUACGUUUGAUUAUGCUCGCCACUUCCUCUCAUGCUGCAGCAGAAUGUUGGGCUUGGACUAUGAAUCUAAGCGGGGACAUAUUGGACUAGAUUAUUAUGGCCGCACGGUAUAUAUCAAAAUUCUGCCUGUAGGCAUUCACAUGGGUCGGCUGGAAUCGGUGAUGAAUCUUCCAUCUACAUUUGCGAAAGUCAGAGAAAUUCGAGAUCAAUUCAUGGGGAAGAAAUUAAUACUUGGUAUUGAUGACAUGGACAUUUUCAAGGGUAUAAGCCUGAAGCUUCUCGCUGUGGAACAGCUCUUACGGCAACGUCCUGAGUUGCGGGGCAAAAUAAUCCUAGUUCAAAUAGUGAACCCUGCAAGGGGUUCAGGGAAAGACGUUCAUGAAGCUCAGAAGGAAACCUACGCGGCUGCUGAAAGGAUCAAUGAAGCUUACGGUUCAAAUAACUACAAACCAGUAAUUCUGAUUGACCGCCCUGUUCCACGUUUUGAGAAGACUGCUUAUUAUGCUUUAGCAGAAUGCUGCAUAGUGAGUGCUGUAAGGGAUGGUAUGAAUUUGGUUCCAUACAAGUAUAUUGUCUGUAGGCAAGGAACUCCUCUUAUGGAUGAGGCUAUGGGCUUACAAAUUGGUUCCCCACGGACGAGUAUGCUUGUAGUGUCUGAGUUUAUUGGUUGCUCGCCUUCUUUAAGUGGAGCCAUUAGGGUUAACCCUUGGGACAUUGAUGCUGUUGCCGAUGCCUUGGAACUAGCCAUGACCAUGCAGGAGUCCGAGAAGCAGCUGCGGCAUGAGAAACAUUAUCGAUAUGUCAGUACCCACGAUAUAGGGUAUUGGUCUCGUAGUUUUAUGCAAGAUUUAGUCAGAGCAUGUCAAGAUCACUAUAGUAAACGGUGCUGGGGAAUUGGUUUGGGUCUGCGUUUUAGAGUUGUUUCCCUUUCUCCUGAGUUUAGGAAGUUAACAAUUGAUCACAUUGUCUCGGCUUAUAAAAGAACUCAUAGAAGGGCGAUAUUUUUGGAUUACGAUGGCACUAUCAUUCCACAGAGCUCUAUAAUUAAGACACCGAGCCCUGAAAUUAUCUCUGUCUUGACUACGCUUUGCAAUGAUCCCUGUAAUACUGUGUUCAUUGUUAGUGGGAGGGGGAGAAGUUCUUUAGGUGAGUGGUUUGCCUCUUGUGAGUUGUUGGGGAUUGCAGCAGAACAUGGGCACUUCAUAAGGUGGGGUGGAACUUCAGAAUGGGAAACCAGUCCGUUGUCUUCUGAUCUGGAUUGGAUUAAAAUUGUAGAGCCAGUGAUGAGAUUAUACAUGGAAGCAACAGAUGGGUCGAGCAUAGAACCCAAAGAGAGUGCUUUAGUCUGGCAUCACCAAGAUGCCGAUUCGGACUUCGGAUCCUGUCAAGCUAAGGAGUUGCUGAACCAUCUAGAAAAUGUACUUGCCAAUGAACCAGCCGUCGUUAAAAGGGGCCAGCAUAUUGUUGAAGUGAAGCCACAGGGAGUAAGCAAAGGGCUGGUCGCAGAAAAGGUUCUGUCGAGGAUGGUAGAUAGUGGAAGACCACCUGAUUUUGUGAUGUGCAUUGGAGAUGACAGAUCAGAUGAAGAUAUGUUUGAGAGCAUAUUAAGCACCGUGUCCAGUCCCUCACUGCUUUCCUCUCCAGAAAUUUUUGCCUGCACUGUCGGGCGAAAGCCAAGCAAGGCAAAGUUUUACCUCGAUGAUACUUCCGAUGUCGUAAGAUUGCUGCAAUGCCUCGCUUCUUCGUCAUGUCCAAGAUCUCGGCAACUACCACAAAUGCGUGUUUGUUUUGAGAGUGUUUUUUGAAUAGGAAAACCAUUUACCAUCAAAGUGCUUGCUUGCUUCUUCUUACACAGGAUUUGGUGGAAGCCAUACGAGUUGAUGAUGGAGGUAGUGGAUGAUCAUUCUCUCAUGUUCACCACAAGAAUGUCGGCUUCUUUCAAAGGAUCCUCUAUGAGACUUCCAUUUGGAGAUUUGGUCAUCAUGGUCCGACAACUUGAUUCACGGUGUAAGGCCUUGCUGAUGCAGUUUUCUGCCUCUUAGAAAUCAGCCAGCACUUGAGAACCGGUUUUAUCAACUUGAAGAGCGACAUUGGUGUUUUCGUCAAUAUCCUCAACAACUAGAGUUCCCUUCUGUACAUAAUAACAACAGCAUCAUUUAUUAACUUCUAACGCCCACGAUGUCGUUAGUGGCGCGUUUUAUACAGUAGGGGGUGGGGGGGAGGAGGGGUAGCAUUAACAUGUAUAGGAGGAACUCUUUCUUGGCCGCAUUGCAUAAAAUGCUUGAUUUUGAUGCUCAUUUUUUGGUGGUGUUGUGAUUCUUUAGUUGUUGUAGUAGUAGUAAUCUACUUCUUAUGGUUGAAAGCUUUAUGAGUUGUAUUUAUUGUGUGCAUAAUGAUACAUUGCAGCUUGCUUUUGUGUGCAUAA